AUGCACGAGUACUUUCUUUCCGUCGUAUUGUUUACGCUUGGAUCGACGCUCGAAGGAGAGGCUGAGGUACUGAGGUACUUCGACCGGCACUCCCUCAUGAAAGUCGGCUUGCAAGAAGUCUCCAUCUCGCUUGCAUCAUGCCGCUCCUUCGCUUGCGAAGCCGCAGCCAUGUGGCACCUUGCUUCGUCAUGGCGCAACAUCCGCCGUCGAUUCUCUCGCUAUCGAGGUUCGCCGGACACUGACGAUGAAUCAGACGAGAAUGAGCCUCCUGGCAACGGGCUGAACGACGAACUCUUCUGGGACGCAAAUGACCGCAAAACAAGGCAGACGCGACAUCGAGAAUACUCGCGACCACGCUCUCUCGAUCGAGACUGGCUGUCCUUCGACAUAUCACUCGGACCUGCUACAUUGUCUCAGCCGUCUGGUCGGCACGGUCAAGCAGAACAUGUUGUGCUCUUACGCAAAAGUCCAGGCAAAGUCACAGAAUUUCAAAUAUCAGCAGCGAUCUACCGAACCGGGGACGAUGAUGCCAAAGUAGAUCUGCAUUUGAUGGAAGCGUCCAACGAGUGGAAUGGAAUGCGCUGGUAUCACGUCCAGCAAAACGAACUCCAAUUGGAACCUCUCAUCGACAUGGUCGACUCUAAGCCAGGACUCGAUGCGAGUGACCGACUUCUUGCUGCGGGUCUUCUUCGUGAGCUCCUCGCAAAGUCCUACCACCACUCUGCUUCAAGCGGGAUACCCGGACGACAACACGCCCGCCAGCUCCAGUGCAGCUGCCCGUUCGGCGAGCAAAACGCCUCCCGGUGUACCAGAGCUUUGCGUCUCGCACUUGUGGUUAUUACUGUGCAACAAAGCGGAAGCAAGCCUUUGCUGGCAGAGAUUACAACCCCGCGUCAAAGAACAUACCACAUGAUCAUCGACCCGCUCCCAUCGUACUUUCACUUUCGAGAACAAGUCCGUCAGAAGUGCCUAAACUAUCCAGGCGUGGAUGUGAACACAUACUUCCUCACCUUCAAUGACCACACAGAGCUGAAUGCCUCCUCAUGGAUUGACAGAAUGCGAAGUGAAAAGAAUGCUGUGGUACAAAUACGGGUAUGCAGCGACGGCCGAAUAGCAUCGCCUCGCGGUGAAGGACUGAAGGCAUCGCCGUGGUACGACGAUCGACAAGUAUUACUUAUGCAGCCACGAGACAUACUGGAGGACCGAAGCCAUCAUCCCGCCCAUCCAAUGCCGGAGGUCUAUGACAUUUCGGCACCGAGACUGCCUCUGAUGCGGGAAAAUGGACCCAGUGUGUUUUCACGGCUGAAGCCGUACAAUGCAGAUCAAGACCAAGAACCAUUGUCUUCGGACGCCGGAUCCGAUACAGCGGAAGCUGGACCCGUCGUACAAGAGUUCUCUGCGGAUGAUUUCACCUCCAUGGGCGCAGCUGACGACACUGGUGCAGUCGGGGUCUUGGCCGAUCCCUCGCACGAUGCUGAUGGUCCUGCAGCGAGCGCUUCAAAUCACUCCUUCGAACCCUCUGACGCUUUGGUGGUCCGGGGAAGCGACAAUUCCUACAGCAACGUGGGGAAAUCAGUACCACGGCCUCGCGACGACGUCCGCGAUGGCGAUGAGCACGAGCCACGAGUGUCAACGGCAGGAUCAGAGCCUGCGCCUGACACACUCGAAUACCUGCAUUCAAUAUCGCCAACGUCGUUGCGCAUCGUGAAUCCGCAAACUGUUCCCGACAUCGAUCAACGGACCUCGCUGUCGCCGGGGCACGCUGCUCGGAACGAUCGACUUUCCGGCGAUGAAACGACAUCUCCCCGGCCAGGUUUUCCCGAACACAGAAGCCUGCAAAACAUCUUAGGAUCGCGCGAGGGUCUCGGUAAACACGAGCAGGCCACUGCCACAGGGCCUCGUUUUGCGAGAGCCCCGAACGUGGCGCCAUUCUUCAAGUGGGCGGCCAAGGGCUACCCAGAGGAAGGACUUCCACGAGAGGAAACGAUUGAUCAAACUCGGACUCUAAACACCAUUUUAGAUGGCCUAAGCUUUUCCUCGAAAGCGAUUUCCCCUUCCUUCGGGACAGCAACGAAAUUGCUCGCCGCGACGGGAGCGCAUUUGCGGCAGAGCAUGAAGCACUCAAGCUACGCGUCGGGCGCAGUCUCGUGGAGCAAGGUCUAUGCGAGAGGGACGAUCUGGCCAUCCGCAUUCGGUGCUCCUAAAGUUAUGGGGCUCGCUUCACUCGGUAUUUCAUCUUACUCUUGGGUCGAUGACAGCCACCAAUGCUGCCUGGGACGCAUAUUCCACACCAAGUUCGAGUUAAUCGCCCACCUUCGCUCCACACACCUCAGUUGGCGGCUUAGUCCGUCCGAUUCGCAAGUCGAGCUCCUCAUCGCGGAGCACGGUCGCGGACGCACCCUUGAGCUUCUCGGCAUCACCAACUCUUUCCUGGGCUUCUUGUACCAGUUCCGAGAACAAGUCGAAGGUAUAGCCUGCGGAGUUGCAAGCACGAGUGAAGGUGUUUCUGGCUUCGCCCUCAGUCUCCCAUCAUCCUUGGUCGCCAGUUUUGGCCAGUUUGUGGUUGCACAUGCCGAAUGUGCCUUUGCCGCAUCGAGGGAGAGCGCAAGGCGUUCCAUCGAUACAGCGACAGAGGGAUGCCAGCGUGCCUUGGAUCUUGUGCAUAAGGCAAGACGCGAUGUCAGCCUUAUGCACCAGGAUCUGUCCAAAACAUUGGAGCUCAUCGCAUUGUCCGAGAGCAGGGCCAAGGCUGACGAGGGAAACUUCCACUUCGCCAGAUGUAUUCGACCCUCCUCAUUCCGCAUCACCACGCAAGACAGGAAAUCACAAUUUCGAUCCGAGCACAAGCUACUCUCUGACCACCACUUUGAUUUGGUGUUCCAGACCAGCCAAGUCGACAGGCUGUUGCAUAAGAACUCGGAUCUCAGCUCGCAAGUCAAGCAAAGUGUCGAGGUGCUCGAAGCGGAUCACGGAAAAGCGAUUUUGACCUUCACAACCAUUACCACUAUCUUUCUGCCUCUGUCCUUUGUCAGCACGUUUUUCGGGAUGAACACGACCGAUGUGAGGAAUAUGGACGGCUCGCAGUGGGUCUUCUGGGCAGCGGCUAUUCCCUUCACAGCACUUGUCACUGGCCUCACGCUGCUCUUUGCAUACAGAUGGAAUGCGAUUGUGGAUCGGAGUCAGGCCAGCUGGGCAUCAAUGAAGUUGAAGAUACAGCAAUUCGACAUCAAGGACAAGGACACAUGGCGCGCUGGGCGUCUACCGAUAUGGUCCACGGAGACCGAAGAUAAAAGGGCUCGCAUGAGGACGGAUACUUGGGGCACGAUGGAGUCCGGACGAGCUGCCAGAAGAGCAAGGUGA